AUGCGGUUGAUUUUCGUCCUCAUCUUCAUGAAGCUCAUGUCAGCUCAAGGCAACAGCACCGGCAGCGAAACAAAAGGCCCAGGAGUCUAUUCCAAUAUCAAAUCAAUUUCCGGACCAUGGGAGAAUGCGAUUCAAAUCAAACGGCAUGUGGAACCGGGCUAUAUUAUCCUAGGUGAGCUGUUAAAUUUAUUUUUGGUACAAGUUUUUGAUGUUCUAGUGGAUGAGUGCACCACGAGUCUCAAAUGUUUCCACCUGUGCCCAUUUCAUUUCCCCGGCCAUUACUGCGACUACAGCUAUCAAUCCGAAUGCCAUUGCUGGGCCGAUCCCGUCGACUUGGAGAGGUAUUCGACUUCAUAUUCGGAGAUCUUUGACUUUGGGCCGGAUGUGUUCUAUGAUAGCUCCAUUUUUGAGUGA